GAAGAUGCUUCUCAAUUGUUCUUGUUCUCAAGUCUCAACUAAAUUAUGGAUCCUGGAACAGCUUUGGAGCUCGUUAAGCACGGCGUCACUCUUCUCUUCCUUGACGUCCCUCAGUACACUCUACUCGGCAUCGAUACUCAGAUGUUCUCUGUAGGGCCUUCUUUUAAGGGUAUUAAGAUGAUUCCACCAGGAAUUCAUUUUGUCUACUAUAGUUCUUCAACCAGAGAGGGAAAGGAGUUCUCACCAAUCAUUGGAUUCUUCAUUGACGUUGGCCCUUCAGAGGUAAUUGUUCGAAAAUGGGACAAACAAGAGGAAAGGCUAGUCAAAGUGUCUGAGGAAGAGGAAGAAAGAUAUAUUCAAGCUGUUAAAAAUUUGGAGUUUGACAGGCAACUCGGGCCUUACAAUCUUAGCCAUUAUGAAGAGUGGAAGCAAUUAUCUAAUUUUAUUACAAAAAGUGUAAUAGAACGACUUGAGCCAAUUGGAGGGGAAAUUACUAUUGAAUGUGAAAAUGAUGUGGUAAGAAGCUCAAGUGCUCAAAAAACACCAAUGGAGAAUGCACUAGACAAGCAGCUUAAGGAAAGUAAUUCUGCAACAUCUGUUGGCGAGUCUCAGAGGAAGGGCUGUUACUAUACAUCUAUUCCCCGUGUUGUAAAAUGUAAGGGGAUUAGUGGACAGGAACUUACUUCUUUGAAUCUUGACAAGACACAAUUGUUAGAAACUUUACUGGCGAAAGAAUAUGGAUGUUCUGAAGACUUGCUUCUUGGAGAACUGCAAUUUGCAUUCAUUGCCUUUCUGAUGGGUCAAUCACUAGAAGCAUUUUUCCAGUGGAAGUCUUUAGUUAGCCUUUUUCUUGGCUGCUCCGAAGCACCUUUCAAGACACGAACUCAACUAUUCACAAAGUUCAUAAGAGUCAUCUAUUAUCAACUGAAGUACGGACUACAGAAAGAUCGCAUUGAUGAAUCAGGACCAUCAUUGUUGGAUGAUUCUUGGCUUUCUGCUGAUAGCUUUUUGCACCGUCUCUGCAAGGAUUUCUUUUCAUUGUUGGAAGAUGGGUCAGUCGUAGACGGGGAUCUUUUAUCUUGGGCAAGAAAAUUUAAGGAGCUGUUAGAGAACAAUCUAGGGUGGGAGUUUCAGCAUGGUAGUGCUAUUGACGGAAUGUAUUUUGAAGAGGACGAUGAGUUUGCUCCUCAAGUUGAGAUCAUGGAUGAUGAGGCUUGAGCUGUUUAUUAAAGUGGAUCAUUAACUCUCAGUUUAGAAUACAAUGCAUUUGGAAAUUAAAGCAUGAAGUAUCAUGCUUUUUGUGCCCUAUGGCCAAGUUAUUGUCAUGGUUGAUCCCAUUCUCACAUUGUACAGUUGAACAUAUGUAAAUGCACUUCACCAAACAAUAGAAACUCAGCUUAGAGCCUACAAGAUUUCACGUGCACUUCCAGCUUCCAUUGUGCCUAAAGUCAACGGCACCUAAGGUACAAAGAGAAGAACACAAGAAAAUUAAGGUGCGUUUUUAUUUUUUGUGUUUUCUGGAUUUUGUAAUGGAAAAAGUGAAAACAAUGAAAUUCUGUUUUCA